AUGGACGAGGCGCCCAAUGGUAGCGUGCGGCAUCUAGAAGCAGGGCCUGACUCGGAGGGCGCAGCAGAAUCGAGGCCCAGCAAGAGGCCGAGGCUAGAUGUGAGCAGCAUGAGCAAGGGCAAGGACGACGUCGACAUCCUGCUGUACGUUCGAUGGCUAGGCCCCUCAUCUGGCCAGACAAAGGUCAUCAUGCUGCCGCUGCGGCCCGUGGCCAGCGUAGAUGACCUGCAGGACCUGGGCAAGGAGCUGGUGCACAAGGCGUACCCGCAGCCGCAGCCGCUGCCGGGGUGGCUGACGUCGCCAGACUACUGCAGGUUCACGCCCUCGCGAGAGUGCCUGGCGGUGCCCGGUGAGCUCCAGCCGGCGGCAGCCGCGGCGGCGAUCGGAGCGGCCGGCUGCGCUGGUGUCGCGCCCGAGCUUUACGGCUCUUUGAGCGUCGCUGAUCGAUGGGGCGCAGCUGUGCGCCGCGCAGGCAGCUAUGUGAGCGACAUCAUCCGCACCGAGCUGCGGCUGGUGCUGGUGCACGAGGGCUGGGAGUACUGUGUGCUCAAGCGCACGUUGUCGCCGGCGCCGCAGCCCCAGGGGGACAUGCUCGUGACGGCGGUGGAGUUUGAGGGGCGGCCGGAGGAGGCGAUUCUGGGGACCCUGGGGUUCAGGGUCAGCCUCAUCGCCUACCCGAUCAUCGCGCUGCGCAAGGCGUUUCUGGAGGAGGUGACGGGGCGGCUGCUGGGGGACCCCGCGGCGUUCCAGGGCAUCCUCUGA